AUUUUUAUAGUUUGUAGUAAAAAAACGCGUUUUCUUCAGGCAAUCAAAUCAUAUCUGUUUUUCACUCCGAGAAGAAAAUCAAGCAACGGAGAAGAGGACCCAAAUCGAGAUUUCUUUCUCACAGGUGUUUGAAAUCACUUGCUGAACCUAAAAGCAUCCAGACAGUCUGCAAUGGGGUAUUUUGCUUUUAGAAAUCAUCGUGUGACAGAUUGGAAGACUGUUGCUGUCUUUCUUCAUUCUAGAUGAAUAAGGGUUUUGUUUUUGCUGUUGUUUUGAAAGCAAGGGGUUGGAUAAGCAAUAGAGUUGUUGGUUCGCAAUGGAUAGCAUCAUCAGCGAGAGUCCGCUGCAUCCCAAGUGGAGGAAAGUUGCUUAUGGAGGAAUGCAGCCUGAGUUUGAUGACAAUCACACUGAUGAGUCUUUUCUUGAAGAUAUGGUCAUGAAUGCUAAUGUUGUUAAGCGGGACAUGCUAAAGGUGAUGCAGGACUCAGUUUCUAUCUCUCAGUAUCUGUGCAUUGUUGCUCUUGUCGGCUUGGUGUGGGCUCACACCCUUCAAUCAACCCUUGAUGAAAAUUCGCUCUUGCUCCUAGAUGCUAGCCUUUUCGGAUCAGGUUUUUUAGUUCUGCUUUUAACCAAAGAAAUGCGUUCCUUGAAUCUUCUCUUCUAUUAUAUCCUCAAUAUAUCCUUUUUCACAACUGGGUUAUAUAUGUUGGCUCCUAUUUAUCACACUCUCACAAGAUCCAUAAGCUCAGACUCCAUUUGGGCAGUAACUGUUUCGCUUGUUGUACUUCAUCUUUUCCUGCAUGACUAUUCAGGAUCGACCAUUAAAGCUCCUGUGGCCCUAAAAAAUCCAAGCUUAACCAGCUGUGUCUCUUUAAAUGCUUCUGUAGUUGCUUCAGUUUUUAUUGCAUCUCGCCUUCCAUCAAGGCUGCAUGUAUUUGCCAUCAUGCUAUUUUCCUUGCAAGUCUUCCUUUUUGCUCCAUUUGUCACUUACUGUAUCAAGAAAUUCUCCUUCCACUUGCACCUUCUGUUUUCCUUUGGGUUGAUGGUUGUGACCCUGGCUUUGGUUUAUACACUGCACCACCUACUUUUCAUGCUACUGUUUGGUUUAUUGUUGUUUAUAAGCAUUAUCUGUCCUUAUUGGCUCAUAAGAAUUCAGGAAUACAAGUUUGAGAUCAAUGGUCCUUGGGAUGAGGCUAAGCUUUGUUUCAAUGUAACAGAUUGAGAUCUUUUGGUUUCUGGACGGGAUUGGUUGGAAUUCAACGAGAUUAAAUUGUUUAUGACCA